AUGAGUGUGCGGCCAAGUCUUGCCAAGGCUUACGACAAUGACCUGAAUAUCCCCAAAGCGAAAUAUUUUACGGAAUCCAGCUUCCAUUAUCACUAUGAUGGCAGAUUUGCAAACCAAACUUUACCGGAAGAGAAAGUCACCCCUUACUUGUCGAGCUUGAUCCAGACCUAUCUACAAACAAUGAACUCCAUUGGCGCUGAGACAUGGAUCAUGCAUGGAACCCUCCUUGCAUGGUGGUGGAACCAGAAGCUUUUCCCCUGGGACAACGAUCUAGACGUUCAGAUUUCGGAACCGACAAUACACUUCCUUGCCGAUUAUUAUAAUUUCACCGAUCACCAUUUCGACAUUCCCGGCGUCGAAGGUGGCCGCACAUACCUUUUGGAGAUCAAUCCCAACUACGUUGUCAAAAGCAUCAGGGAUAGAUUGAACGUGAUCGACGGGCGAUGGAUCGACAAGGAGUCCGGACUUUUCAUCGACAUUACAGCCGUUCGCCCAGAUGACGAUAAGCGAAAGCGUGGCUACCCCGAGGCGCUUAUGUGCAAGGAUCGACACCACUACGAUGAAAGUGAUAUCUUCCCACUCCGAGAGAGCUAUUUCGAGGAUGUCGCCGUCAAAAUUCCCUACGCAUAUACCAGAUUACUUGCCGAAGAAUAUGGCGCCGCAUCGAUGACCAAAACCGAUUUUCAAGGACACCAUUUCAGCGACACGAGCAAGUUGUGGGAGAAGGCGUCUCGAAAAGUGAAGCGCUUCCUUCGACGAGGCUGGCGCGGUGAUGAUCUACCCAAGCGGUCUGGUACUGAACCUCUUAUCCGUAUGGAUGCUGUUUGA